UAUAGCGUAAUUACCGCGCACCUGCGCGAUCGUCCGCUGCGGAGGAGACGACGUUGAUAUGAAAGCUGUGUGUACCUCGAAUGCCGCAAGUCUCCGAGCUCCGGACAAGUGUGGUCACGAUGACGUUCCGCUGCUGCGUUCCUUCGGCAUUGCUUCUGUUGGUUCUGGCAUGUUGCUCGGCCUUCGCUACGACACGGAUGUAUGAAGUUCCCACGGAGUCUGACCAUUCCUGGAGGCCCCGCGUGGUCGUUCCGACACGCGGCGAGGUAUGGCCUCGGCCCCUGAACCAGACCAAGAGCCGCAAUACUCUCUCUGUGGACGCAAGCACGUUCUCGUUCCAAUACGAUGGCCCCUGCUUCGUGGUGCAGCAGGCAAUCAGGCGCUAUCGCCGUGGCAUUUUAUUCCAAAACUGCACGAAACCCGGCACAUCAAGAGCGGCCGAACGCGCUCACGCUUGCCACGCUGUGAAUCCCCACACUCCGCCAUCUGAUGGUCGCCUCGACGUUCUGCGAGUGAUGGUGCUUAGUGAGUGCGAGGACCUCCCGGACCACGACAUGGAUGAAAGCUACACACUUUCUUUAUCAUCUGUUGACAAGUCUUUCAUCUCUGCUCGAACCGUUUGGGGCGCGCUGAGAGGACUGGAAACCUUUAGCCAGCUUUUCUAUUCACCCGAUGGAGUGUCGUGGGUCGUGAAUGAGACGGUGAUCUACGACGAGCCGAGAUUUCCGCACCGUGGCUUGCUGAUCGAUUCGUCGCGACACUUCCUGCCACUGGAGUCGAUAAUGGACACGUUGGACGCAAUGUCGUACAACAAGAUGAACGUUCUCCACUGGCACAUCGUGGACGACGAAUCAUUUCCCUACGUGAGCAAGGCGUUUCCAAGUAUGAGCAAAAAGGGUGCCUACGACCCGUACAUCCGCGUAUACCGGCCAGCAGACGUGCAACAUGUCAUCAGUGAAGCUGCUGCCAGGGGUAUUCGCGUCAUGGUGGAAUUUGACACGCCUGGACACACCCGAUCGUGGGGUGCGGCGUUUCCCGAUCUCCUAACCACUUGCUACAAAGGCAUGGAGCCCGACGGCGAUCUCGGACCUAUCGACCCCACUACAAAUGACACAUACAUUUUUCUUAAGGAGCUGUUCACUGAGGUGGCCGGCGUGUUUCCCGACCAGUAUAUUCACUUGGGAGGAGACGAAGUCAGCUUCGACUGCUGGAAAUCCAACCCCAAUAUCAAAAAUUUCAUGGCCAUGAUUGGUAUUUCCGGUGACUACAAGAAGCUCGAAGAGUUUUAUAUACAAAGGUUGCUGAAAAUUGUGCAAGAGGUACGGAAGAGCUACAUGGUGUGGCAGGAAGUAUUCGACAACAACGUUGAGAUUGCGCCUGACACAGUGGUACAUGUCUGGAAAGACCCCUACGAGAAGGAAAUGAGUGCCGUGACGGCAGCCGGGUUCAGUGCGCUCUUAUCCAGCUGCUGGUACUUGGACUACAUCGGCUAUGGUCGCGACUGGGAGAACUACUACUCCUGCGAUCCGCAUAACUUCACAGGGACGGCCAAGCAGAAGUCUCUUGUGCUGGGUGGCGAAGCCUGCAUUUGGGGAGAGUAUGUGGAUGCCACGAAUCUGAUUAGCCGCACCUGGCCUAGGGCGUCCGCAGUGGCCGAGAGACUCUGGAGCCCCGCCUGGGUGAAGUACUCAGAAAGAACAGCGUCUCGGUUCGAAGAACAGCGUUGCAGGAUGCGUAGGCGUGGCCUCAAAGUUGAACCAGAGAAUGGGCCUGGUGUCUGCGACUGCGACUAUGUCGUUUGAAGAGAAGAUAUGACGUGGAGCAAACCGUUCUCUACGAUCAAGAAUGAACAUAAGGGCCGUGUUCGUUUUCACAGUGGGAAUGUUAGUACGGAAAGGAAUGUGCACAUAAACUCCCUGUCUGAGCAUGCCAGCUGGCGUGAGAGAAACCGCCACCUUCGUGGCGAGAACUUGCUCUGGCCGACAUUCUUUGAACAAAUUUAGCCUCGUGCACAGUUUUUCAAGAGCAAGUACGCCUAGUAAAGCAAUGAAUGGGGCUAGUUGGUGGACGUUCAUGAUUGUAUUGCGCUUAGUCAAGGAGUACGCCACUACGUAAAAUCUCAAAAAUAAAAAUUUCUCGCAUGAAUUUUUGUGUUUUCACAACAAAUAAAGUCGAACAGCUCUUAUAUGCUACAAAAUGCUUA